AUGGCUUCAUUUGAAGAGCACAACAGAACGGGAGAAGCCCAAGGAACUGCUGCUGCUGCUGCUGCUGCUGCAGAAACAGCAGAAGCAACACAAGCAACAGCAGGAGCAGCAACAGCAGCAGCAGCAACAGCAACAGCAGCAACAACAGCAGCAGCAACGCAGGAAGCAGCAGACGGCCGCUGCCUUCAACUUUUGGAAUUCUCUCGGGCCCUUCAGGCGCUCUAUGACGCAGCAUCAGGCACGUCUGUUUCUUUUUCGCUGCUUUUCCCGUUGCUGGAUCGGCUGGCCCCGCGUUUGAUGUUAUCUGAGGCCCUUCUUCUAAUUGAAAAGAAGCAAAUACAACGAUACGCUGCUGCUCCAGCUGCUGCUGCUGCUACUGAUGCUGCUGCUGCUGCGGACGCUGCUGCUGCUGCUCCUCCUGGCUGCACUCGUUGCACACAUAGUAGCAGCAGCAACAACACCUGCAACUGCAAAAGUAGCGCCACCAGCAGCGCCCAGCUCCGCAGCGGCAGCAGCAGCAGCAGCAGCAGCAGCAGCAGCGGCAACAGCAGCAGCAGCAGCAGCAGCAGCUUUUGUCUGGUUUCCCUUAGUCAUCUUCAUUCCUUCAGCAGCUCUCGGAGGCCCCGCGAAGUUAGCGAGGCCACUCAAUAUAACCAGAGGUUUUUCAAACAGCUGCAGCAGCAGCAGCAGCAGCAGCAGCAAACACUGCAGCAGCAGCAGCAGCACCAAUCGGGUGUAAACCCAGGCGAGGACUCUGCGGCGGUGGUUUGUGGGGGGACAGCUUUGCAGCUGUAUAACGAGCAGCAGCAGCAGCUGCUGCUGCAGCAGCAACAACAGCAGCACCAGCAGCAAACACUGCAGCAGCCGCAGCAGCAACAGCAGCAGGAGCAGCAGCAACAAGCCACGCGUUGCAGCCGCUGGAGCCGCUUUCUUGUGCUGCCCCGUUUCUGCUCUUGUCCAUUCUACCAACACCGCGUUUUAGAAACUGGCGACGCCUUCACGUGCCCCCACGAGCUUGCUGCGCUGCUGCUGCUGCUGCUAGACAACACCCAAAGCGUAACGCAGCAGCUGGAAGCUAAUUCUUAUCGUUUGCUGCUGCAGCAGCACUUGGCUGCAGCAUGGCGGUCUCUGUCGUGCGACCCUAUACCCUAA